AUGUCGUGGAAUAGCCCCUUGGCACACCUCCCGCCUCUCUCAGAGCACCCAUCUGUCUCGCCGUCGCUCUCUCCGGCCAUAUCUGAUGGCUCUCUUGCAAUUCUAGGAGCUAGUGUAAGGCUGGAUCAAUUUGAAGAGCGAAGCUAUAGUGCCUCGCGAGUUAUCCGGGCGUUUCUUGACCAUCUAGAGGACGAUGGCAAGCGGAUGUUGGUGGCAGACAUAGCAAUCUGCGACGACGACGACGCACUUGUCAAACUCGCUAACCACCUUAUCGACGCGAUUCUAAAGCCGUUCAAGCUUGCAGGUGGGCAGGCUCCAACGCCUCUCUCAUUGCCUCAAACCCCUGGAGCAGAACACGCCAUCGAUGUGGCUAUGGCGACGAUCGAGACGUCGACGAGACAAGAGCAACAGCAUUUGCGUGACGAUUGCCUGCAUCGAGAUGGCUACCGAUGCGUAUAUUCUGGGAACUUGGACAUGAACAGCUGUGAGAAAGGAGACGUUGUCGUGCCUCCAGGUGCACAGACAACCAUAACGCAAUGCGCCCACAUAAUUCCUUUCGCCCUAGGAUCGUUUGACGACACAGACGCCGUCCAGACACGCAACAAAGCUAUCAUCUGGUUCGCAAUUCACAGAUACUUUCCAGCAAUUCGCGACAAGAUUGAUACUAGAAGCAUCAAGCAGCGCGACAACGCUAUAAUCUUAGACAUCUACGUGCACGGCUUGUUCGGGGGGUACAACAUUGGCUUUCUGCCGCAAGGCUUGAAUCUUUAUCGUAUCACCAAGUUUUUUACAUACGCUAUGUCCGUUAACUCGAAAAGCGGCUCUCCGCUUGUAGAGUUUACCAGCCACGAUCACACUGUACCCAUGCCGGACGCAGACUUUCUCAUGACCCAUUAUAUCAUUUCCCAAAUCCUUCAAGUGAGUGGAAUUGGGCGCCAGCUUGACAAGGCCGUCGAGAUGGCUCUGGUCGAUUUAGACUGCCAUGCUCUGCAUCUAAGCGGAAGCACCGACGUGGGUAACAUGAUAUCGCGAAGGCUACUAAUGACUGUUCGAACAGGCUUUGGAGACAGCAAGGAUUAG